AUAUUUCUGGAUUUGUGGCAUUUAGGUUAUGUGGUUUUGACUUAUGUUGACGUGUCUGUGGAAGGAAAACCUUUUUUCUGGAAAACUGAUCGAAUAAGCGAUCCAUUUAUUAUUCAAUAUGAGUUCCUUCAAAAGGGACAAAAAGGAGGAAGAAGAUGGGGGUGGAAAUCCUUUCCAAAACAUUGAAAAGACCACAGUCCUUCAAGAAGCUAGGAUCUUUAAUGAAAAUAUAAUUAACGCCAAGAAAUGUACUCACAUUUUGACGAAAAUAUUAUACCUCCUCAACCAGGGUGAACAGUUGGGCGCGAAAGAGGCAACUGAAGUAUUUUUUGCGAUGACCAAGCUGUUUCAGUCGAAGGAUGUUAUUUUACGUCGCAUGGUCUAUUUGGGCAUCAAAGAGCUUAGUUCAAUAGCCGAUGAUGUAAUUAUCGUGACGUCUAGUUUAACGAAAGAUAUGACCGGCAAGGAGGAUCUGUAUAGAGCAGCCGCAAUUCGUGCACUUUGUAGUAUUACCGAUGUUACGAUGUUGCAAACAAUUGAACGUUACAUGAAGCAAGCGAUUGUGGAUAAAAAUCCGGCUGUGAGCUCAGCUGCUUUGGUCAGUUCUCUGCACAUGAGCAAAAUUGCUUCGGAUGUGAUCAAGCGAUGGGUUAAUGAAGCACAAGAGGCUGUGAAUAGUGACAAUAUUAUGGUUCAGUACCACGCCUUAGGUGUUCUGUAUCAUAUUCGCAAGUCCGAUCGUUUGGCCGUUACUAAGCUUGUUGCGAAGUUAACGAGAAUGUCUUUGAAAUCCCAUUACGCCAUUUGUAUGUUGAUUCGUAUUGCUUCGAAGCUACUGGAAGAGGAGGAGACCAGUAAUGACUCCGCCUUGUUUAGUUUUAUUGAAUCUUGUCUACGCCACAAAUCGGAAAUGGUCAUAUACGAGGCGGCUCACGCAAUUGUCAACUCGCGAAGAACCACCAGUCGGGAGUUGGGGCCUGCCAUAAGCGUCCUGCAAUUGUUUUGCGGAUCACCAAAGCCAACCUUGCGGUUUGCGGCUGUUCGGACCUUAAACCAAGUCGCAAUUAAUCAUCCUGCGGCAGUUACCGCUUGUAAUUUGGAUCUGGAAAAUUUAAUUACCGAUUCAAAUAGGUCCAUUGCUACUCUGGCUAUAACGACUUUAUUGAAAACAGGCGCUGAAUCGUCCGUCGAUCGCUUAAUGAAGCAAAUCGCCACCUUCGUUUCGGAAAUAAGCGACGAAUUCAAAGUCGUCGUAGUACAGGCGAUUCGCGCUUUAGCCCUGAAAUUCCCGCGCAAGCAUAGCGUACUGAUGAAUUUCUUAUCGGCGAUGCUAAGGGACGAAGGCGGCUUAGAAUACAAGGCCUCGAUCGCCGAUACCAUCAUAACGAUUAUCGAGGAUAACGCGGACGCGAAGGAGACCGGUCUGGCUCACCUGUGCGAGUUCAUCGAAGAUUGCGAACAUACCUCUCUGGCCGUUCGAAUUUUACAUCUGUUGGGAAAAGAGGGGCCUCGUACGAAGCAGCCGUCGAGGUACAUUCGGUUCAUAUAUAAUCGCGUAAUAUUGGAGAACCCCACCGUACGCGCCGCCGCCGUGUCCGCAAUGGCUCAGUUUGGCGCCCUCUGUCCCGAUCUGUCCGAAAAUAUACAAGUCCUUCUAGCUCGCUGCCAAAUGGAUACAGACGACGAAGUUCGUGACCGUGCAACUUACUACAGCAGUAUUCUUAGACAACAAGAUAAAUCAUUGUACAACAAUUACAUUCUAGAGCCGUUGCAGGUUUCGAUACCGUCUCUGGAACGUUGUCUCAAAGACUACAUACAGAGUAAAUCCGACGAGGCAUUUAACAUUAAGUCGGUACCGGUAGUCGCCGCUCCUACAGAGGAGGAAAAACAAAUCAGCAAUCAAAAGACGGAGGGUAUGCUGAUAAGCACAGGUCCACCAAGACCAGUCGUUUCUAGAGAGGAGAAUUAUACCGAAAAACUCAGCGCAAUUCCGGGCAUUCAGCAGCUCGGUCCUCUAUUUAAAAGUUCAGAAAUUGUGGAACUUACAGAAUCCGAAACUGAGUACGUUGUUUGUUGUAUAAAGCACUGCUUCACCAGGCACUUGGUUUUGCAAUUCGAUUGUAUAAAUACCCUAAACGACCAGCUGCUCGAGAAUGUAAGAAUUCAACUGGAUCCUAGUGAAGGCUACCAAAUUGUAAAGGACAUUCCGUGCCAAAAGUUACCGUAUAACGAGAUGGGAACUGUUUAUAUCAUUCUGCAAUUUCCCGAUGAUUUGCCGAAUACGGUCGGAACCUUCGGAGCUGUUAUGAAGUUUGUCGUGAAGGAUUGCGAUCCGAACACGGGUCUACCUGAUACGGAUGAAGGUUACGAUGACGAAUACAUGUUAGAGGAUUUAGAAGUGGUACUUGGCGAUCAAAUUCAGAGAGUGACCAAGAUGAAUUGGGCAGCUUCGUGGGACGAGUCUGCUAAUGGUUUUGUUGAAAUGGAGGAUACAUACUCUUUGAGUUCCAUGAACACCUUAGAAGAGGCGGUUAAAAAUAUCAUACAAUUUUUAGGGUUACAGCCCGCAGAACGAACCGAUAAGGUUCCCGAGGGAAAAACCACCCACACGCUAUUGCUUGCCGGCCUGUUUCGUGGCGGGCACGAUAUAUUAGUGAGAUCUAAAUUAGCUUUAGCUGAUGGCGUUACCAUGCAGUUAACUGUGAGGUCUACCGAUGCAGAUAUUGCUGAACUUAUUACGUCAGCCGUUGGCUAAAUUUCCCUUUUAAGUUUAAUUGUCAAAUUAAAAUCGUAUUUUAACAACCUGUUUAUAAGAUAGAAUGUAACUAAUGUAAAAGUUCAUUUUUUAAAAUUUUUUUCUCAGGAGA